ACAUGAUAUGUCAGUUAGGGCUGUGUGAAUUGGUGUGAAUCUGUGAAUUGGUCUGCUAUGUAUUUUGAUAUUGCUACUUUCUACUACUUGAUUUUAGGUACAGAAAGUGUAAAAUAACCUAAAACAUGGUUCGCUUCAAAAAUAGGUACAUUGUUCUUGAAAUUACACCACAUAGCAAUGAUGAUAAGCAAUUAAUGUUGAAAAAUACAGCUCUCUCUCAUGCAGUUCAACAAAAGAUCCAACAGUUGUACGGUGAUUUUGGGGUGGCAGCGAUAAAAGAUGGCUUUGAUGCUAAAUAUUGCAAUUCAUAUACGAAAAUAGCACUGGUAAAGAUUAGACAUGGUCCUCACAAAUUCGUACUGCGAGCUAUUCCAUUAAUAAACGACAUAGGCGGACGGUUAGUUAAAACGAGCAUUCUAUAUGUUGGGGCAACUAUGAAACAUUGUUUCCUUUUUAUCAGAAAACAUCAAGAAAAAAAGCUGGAACAAAUAUGGUCAAAAUUACGAACAGAAACUGAGAGAAAGGAAAUGGAGACAGUUCUGAUGACCUUGACACCUGCUAUGAAAGACUUCAAGUAAAAAUUCUUUUUCUUCGAGAUGAUCUCCAGUAAAGAUUUCGUUAUCUGCAGCAGAUAUCUUUUAUGAUUGUCGGCAACAGGGAUCGUUGCUAUCUCUCGCCAGUUGUCGCUGUUCAUUGCUGGCUGGCUGGAAAUCACAAAGCCACAAACCACUGGAAACCUCUUUCAGUCAGAGAGAAGGCUUCACGGCUUCAUUGUGCCUAUCUUCAGACCGCCACCAUCGCGGCAUCCCGCGUUAUUCCGCUUCCGCCGUCUAUGGUCGUCGGUCGUGCAUUUACCGCUCGUUCGGAUUAAUUCGGAUCAUUUCGUAUCGUUCGGAGCAGCAGCUGAUGGCAUCCCGCUCGGCUUCACCAUUUCGCGAAUCCAGAAAUUCGUACGUGUGCGCGCGAGCUAGGUAAAAGAAAAGAAAAAAAAAAGAAACAAGAGAAAAACAAACCGAGUGUACAUAACACGCAUCAUACAUCUUGAGAGCAACCGAACUCUCGAUUUGAAAUCGGACGUUCGCUCUCGCCGGAUAUAGUUGAUAUACGUGACUAUUCUCGGUACUCUCGCUCCGUAAUCGUUCCAUUUUCAUCCGACUACAGACAUUUUAACGGACAACGAAGAGGCCCCUCUCCCCUGUGUAUCAACACAGUCGUCGAUCUUCCAGGAUAGUGUUAUCGUUCGACCGCACAGUUAUCUGAAAUAGUUAUCACUCCGACGUACACACACCGGCGAGUUCGAGGUAAGCGAUCCAUUUCUUUUCCAUUCGCGCUAUCGAUCUCUCCCCGUGUUUGGACUCGCUCCUACCCUCGGUGAUCGGAUCCACCCUUCUACGAGAGGUUAUGGCUUCGAUGGUGAUCGUCGGGUUUGUUUCUUAAUAACACCCCUGCGGAAAUUCAUUUUAAUCCCUGAGCAUUGGCGCGCGAGGCUUUCUCAAUGUGGAAUUUUUUAAAAUCAUUAUCGUAAAAAAUAUUACGAGAUACGUCGAAUAUUAUGUAUUAAAAUGUCAAUAAUGUAAAUAAAAUGCAUACUCUUAUAUAUAGUUUUUAAAUGACUGACAUGUUGCGUACAUCCUGCGUCAUUAGCGUCACGAAGAUAUGCGCCAGUGCUUAAGGAUUAAUUAUCUAUUUUUUUCUUGUGAUAUAUUGAAGAUCGAAUUAUAUUAAUGCAUUUUGAGGAAUAAAAUAGUAAUAUUUAUCAAU